AUGGGGAUGGGGAGAAGAACGACCACGAUGGCGAGAAAGCCGAUGGGGAUGCGGGCAACAACGAGGGUGAACACCACGUGGGUGAGGGGGGUGACGGCGACGGGGCUGGUAAUGGUAAUCACCCGAAGGAGGACACUGCCGCCAACUAGUGCGCUGCGUCCGGGCUUGUGUGUGAGCGGUGCUGUGCACCCCACCGUUGGUGCACCCUCGGAGAUGUACUGCGUGUGUCCCUCCCGCUUCAUCUCUCUCUCCCGCGCACAGUGGCUGAUGCCUGCACGGGGCCGCUGUGGCUGCACCUCCUGA